AAAAAAAAAAAACCGGGAGUGUUCCCGAUCAUUUUCAGUUUCCAGCCCGCCAGUCAAAAUUUCACUUCAACUUUUCUUCCCCCUCAUGAGUAAGGGUGCACAAAUGAACUUCGUUGUCUUCUAAGGUGAAGCUCAACUCGUCUUGUAGCUGUUACGAACUAUUUCACGAGGUGCUAAGUGGAUUAAAAUUCCAAGUAUUAGCUUAGGUUGCUGAAUGAAAUUGGUGGGAAUAUUGUCUGAUUGAAUUGUUACUAUCUGUAAGAUGGGUACUCAAAGUCAAACAGGAUUGGUUGCACACAAGAAGAUGCUUCCUCCUCAACCGGGAAGAUUUGAUGAUCGUGAAGAUCUCAUUAAGUAUGUUCGUGACUUUGGUGCUGAUCAGGGAUAUGUGGUAACAAUUAAGAAGUCUAGGAAAGAUAGAAGGGUCAUCCUUGGUUGUGAUAGAGGAGGUCUGUACCGUAACAGGCGUAAGAUUGACGAGAGUCGGCGCAAAAGGAAAGCUAGCUCACGCUUGAUAAAUUGCCCAUUUGAAGCAAUUGGCAAGAAGGAAGAUGAUGCCUGGAUGCUUACCAUUAAAAAUGGGGACCAUAACCACGAGCCCUUAAAAGACAUGUCAGAGCAUCCUUACAGUCGCCGCUUUACUGAGGAUGAAGUAAGGCAAAUAAAACUGAUGACUGAAGCUGGUAUAAAACCACGCCAAGUGCUUAAAGCUCUCAAACAACAUAAUCCAGAUUUGCAGUCAACACCAAGGCAUUUGUACAACCUCAAAGCCAAAAUUCGCCAAGGAAAUCUAUCAGAAAAGAAUUUCAAGUCAUGGAGACCUAAUAUUUCACUUCAUGCAAAUAGUAGUCAUACUGUUAUCGGGGAUACGGUCAAGCAAACACAUCAGCUGAAGGUUCCUAAUUUAAUUGGAGGGGAGUUCUUGGAUUCGCACAACUGUCCAGUGGUUGAUGUUAUCAAUCCAGCAACACAAGAAGUUGUUUCUCAUGUUCCUUUAACAACCUAUGAAGAGUUUAAGGCCGCAGUUAAUGCAGCCAAACAAGCCUUUCCCUCAUGGAAAAACACACCGAUUUCUACUCGUCAAUGUAUUAUGUUUGAGUUCCAGAAGCUCAUCCUCAGAGACAUGGAUAAGCUUGUGACGAAUAUUGUCACAGAACAGGGAAAAACAUUAAAGGAUGCUCAAAAUGAUAUCAUCUGUGGUUUAGAGGUGGUUAAACAUGUUUGUGGAUUGGCCACUAUGCAAAUGGGGGAGUUCGUCCCUAAUGCAUCUGAUGGAAUUGACUCGUAUUGCAUCCGAGAUCCAAUAGGUGUUUGUGCUGGGAUCUGCUCUUUUAACCAUCCAGCAACAGUUUCCUUAUGGAUGUUCCCGAUUGCAGUUACAUGUGGCAAUACAUUUGUUCUUAAGCCAUGUGAAACAUACCCGGGGGCUUCAAUGUUGCUAGCUGCAUUAGCAGUGGAGGCUGGCUUGCCUGAUGGUGUUCUAAAUAUUGUUCAUGGAACCCAUGAUAUCAUAAACUAUAUAUGUGACGAUGAGGACAUAAAAGCCAUAUCUUUUGCCAGUUCAUGUUCUGCUGGAAAGAACAUAUAUGCUAGGGCCGCUGCUACGGGAAAGCAAGUUCAGUCCCACUUAGGAGGCAAGAGCCAUGCAAUUAUUAUGCCUGAUGCUAACAUGGAGGCUACUUUAAAUGCUCUGGUUGAUGCUGGAUUCGGUACUUCUGGACAGACAUGUAUGGCUAUCAACAUUGUUGUCUCCGUUGGGAGUUCAAUUCUAUGGGAAAAAAAACUUGUGGAAUGUGCCAAAGCACUUAAAGUGAAUGUGGGGACAGAUCCCAAUGCUGACCUUGGUCCUGUAAUUACCAAAGAGGUGAAAGAUCGUUUUUGUAGAUUAGUUCAAAGUGGCAUUGAAGAUGGUGCUAGACUUCUGCUUGACGGUAGAGAUAUUGUGGUCCCAGGAUAUGAAAAUGGAAAUUUUGUUGGUCCAACCAUUUUAUCUGAUGUAACAACGGACAUGGAGUGCUACAAGGAAGAAUUUCUUGGACCAGUUCUCCUUUGUAUGCAGGCUGACAACCUAGAGGAGGCUAUAUCCAUUGUAAACAGAAACAAGAACCGAAAUGGAGCUUCCAUAUUCACAACUUCUGGCAUUUAUGCGAGGAAAUUUCAGAGUGAAGUGGAAGUGGGAAUGGUUGGUAUCAAUGUUGCUGUUACAGUUCCCUUGCCAUCUUCCUUUAAUGAUAAGGCAGGCCUGGAAUUUUACACCAAAUUGAAAAGAGUGGCUCAACAGUGGAAGAACUCAGCAGGCAUUGGAGUCUCAAUGACGGCGUCUUCACCAUCUGAGAGACAUUUGAGAUCCCGUACUGUACCUUCCACGUUAGUUUCAACAUCUGAGAAAGAUUCACCUGGUGGGCGGCACCGAAGUUUACCCCCGUUGCCUUCCACAUCUGAGAGGGAUUCACCUAGCGAUGCUGUACUGCUGCCAGACCCUCGAAUAUCUCAGACAGAUUUAGCCAAUGAAAGAGCCACCUCCUCUCCGCCAACUCCUGAUAGGGAUUUGCACGGUCAGGGACUGUCCCUGAUUUCUACCUUGUCAUCAGAGGGGGACAUAUCCAACCAAGAUUUGUCUCCUGCUAUGCUUUUAACAGGUGAUAGAGAAUUGCCUGGCCAAGCUAUGUCAGUGUCAACAUCCCGAUCAUCUGAGAGAAUGUACUUAUCUCAGAAAUGUCAUUGGAGCGAAUCCCUGAGGGCCGAGUCAAUUCCAUCCAGUUCUGAGAGGAUCAAAGGGCAGGCAUCUCGAACUACUCCUGCUUUCGUUUUAGCAGCAGAGGGAUUCUACGUGCCUACAUCUCAUGACAGUAAUUGUCUGAUUACCCAUGGAAGUGAUAGUACAGUUCCAUCUCGAAGAAUCGACAGCAUGUGUCAAUCAUCAGAAAGAGUAUAUAUGCUGGCAACUUCCCAUCUGAACGACAGUAUGAGUCAAACAUUGCGGAGAACUGAUACGCCCUUAUUUUCUUCUUCUGAUGGAAAAGACCACAUCAGCUUGGACUCUCAAACCGACGCUGCUUUGCAAUCAGAUAGAAUGUACUUGUCUAGCUUGUCUGAGAGGGACGGUAAUAUGGCUUCGGCUUCUUCUCAACAAGUUGAAUCUUUAACAUCCACUUCAGAACGAAUGUAUAUACCUCCAUUAGGUUAUAGAAAUGCAGGCAUGCCACCAAAAUCGGAAUGGUUAUGCAUUCCCACACCUGCUUUAUCUGAGAGAAUGUAUUCACAAGGGCCAAUAGUGUCAGCAGAUGAAUUUCAAGACCAAGGAGCAUCAUUGACACUGCCUACAUCCAAGAAAUACGAACACUAGUACCUAGGAUAGCCAAAUUCCCAGUUUUCCCCCUAUCAACAAAUUACUAACCAUUUUUCUCUCGGAGAAGUUCGUUCAAGGCCAUUAACUUGAUUUCGUCCUGUUUUCUAGAUCUAAAAGUUUCUCAGCAGCCAUUGCUUCUUGGACUAUAUUGGUCUACAUGCAUUGAUUCUCAAAUAGGCUAUAUGGGUUUUUAGUUUUAAACCUUGGUAAUUCCAAGCCAAGAGUAAGAGUUUACCCUCCUUUUCCCUCUCUUGUACACCCAGUUUAAAUAAUUUCAGUUCCUUUACACUCUUUCUAUUUUAGCCCAUUACUUUCAAAUGUCUAAAUAUAGUCUCCAUAUUACUAUA